CAUCAUGCCUGAACCAGCCAAACCCGCGCCCAAGAAGGGCUCUAAAAAGGCCGUCACCAAGACCGCCGUUAAGGGAGGAAAGAAGCGCAGAAAGUCCAGGAAGGAGAGUUACGCCAUCUACGUGUACAAAGUGCUCAAGCAGGUCCACCCCGACACCGGCAUCUCUUCCAAGGCGAUGGGCAUCAUGAACUCUUUCGUCAACGACAUCUUCGAGCGCAUCGCCGGUGAGUCGUCUCGUCUCGCGCACUACAACAAGCGCUCCACCAUCACGUCGAGAGAGAUCCAGACCGCCGUGCGUCUGCUGCUGCCCGGUGAACUCGCCAAACACGCCGUGUCCGAGGGCACCAAAGCCGUCACCAAGUACACC